AUGGAUUCCCCAAAUGAAAAGGAGGUAAACCCGCUCAAUACUACGGAAGAUGAAAUGGAUAAGCGCCGUGCUUCUGGUGACCUAGUAUCUUCUGAAUCGAUACUACAGUCCAAUCAGCCUCAUUUCCAGUUCGUCGAAAGCAUUGAAAAGCCUGUUGCGCGCAGUCAUGCAAUGAAGACAUAUUGGAGACGGAAGAAGGGAGAGCAACAACAGGAAGAAUACUUGAAACCCAAUCAACCGAGUUUGCGACCGUUGCGACCGUUAUCCAAACCGCGAGCAGUCCACGAAACUGAGACCUCUACCCUGCUUUCGCCAACAAAAGAGACUUCCUCCGGCCAUGGGUAUCUCUCUUGUUCAGUCAAAAGUCCAGAAGAGCUUGGGAUCCCUGACCAGCUUUUCGCUAACAUCAGCUUCACUUUCGCCUGUGUUUUGGGCCAAAAGGUUGAAGCAAACUCAUUUCAGAUUUCAGCACAUCAUCACCGGUUUUUCUAUCAUUGGCUGAGCAUGCAUGCGCAUAUCAUACAUUCAGGACUUCAGGCGCGGACCUUUACUCCAUUCACAGAGAUUUGGAUGCCACUCGAUCUAUCAAAUGCUGCAUCAUUCAAUGGAAUCUUGGCUCAUGCAGCUGCAGAUCUCAUGAGAUUUGAAGGAGGUAGAAAUAAUCCGGAGCUUCUGAAAUACAAAACGGAAGCCAUCGAAACAAUCAAUAAAUGGCUUGGUGAUACAGUCAACGCGAUUAAGGAUGAUGUUUUUGCCGGUGUCGUGCGACUUCUCACAUUUGAGAGACACUGGGGAACACGUGAACGUUUCAACAUGCACAAACAUGGGCUUCAGCAGAUGGUACAGGCCAGGGGAGGUUAUAAAGCUUUCGGUCCAAACUGGAGGAUUCAGCUUGUCCUUUCCCUGUAA